GCAACAUGGCUGAUUUGCUUGGCCUAGCAUUCCAAAUAGGUUAACGUUGGUUUCUGUUUAUAGUUAUAAAACGUUGUUUGGUGAUACUGACAAAAAAUUGUGUGUGUGCAGUUGUGAAUAGAGGCGUAUAUGAUGAUAUAGUGUAUUUUAUAAUCAUAAGGUAUCGAAGUAAUUAACCAUGGAUUUCGGACACCCUCCACCGAAUAUGGGGAUACCUCCUCCAAACAUGGUUAUGAAUAUGAAUAUGGGACCACCAGUUAAUAUGCCCGGUAGAAACAACAUGCGCCAUAUUAGGCCGUGCAACUACCAGAUGCGGUUUCCACCUCAAGGCCCACUGAACAUGACACAAGAUGAUUUUGAUGAUGACCCCUUGGCGAUGGUUAAGUGGGCUGUUACUAAUAUUAGCAUGUCGAGCAAACCAAUUGGACAGAGGUGCCGACAAAAACGCUAUAACAGAUACGAGCGACAAUGGUUCAGAACGCCUUGAACAAAUUAACGGCACACCAAAUUAUAGACUGAUUAAGCCCGACAAAAAUACGCCGUGGUUCCCAGAGCCGCAGAUAAAGCUGAAGAGCUGCGUGAGAGAAGCCCGAUGUGAAUCACUCAAUAAGACGACUUGCUUGGGAACGAAAUUGCCCUACGAUAAGACAAGCGUUCGCCUCACGUUUUAUGAGAAUCAAUAUCAAAUACAGACACAAUUGGACCUCUAUAGAGAACUGAUAAAUGUGCCAAAUUGCUGGGCCGUUAUACAGCCUUUGCUAUGCGCCACUUUUAUGCCCAAGUGCGAAAUGGUUUUAGGCAAAGACAUGGUUUUUUUGCCCUCCUAUGAAAUGUGCAAGAUCACUAUGGAACCAUGUUCAAUACUGUACAAUACAUCUUAUUUUCCGUCCUUUCUAAAGUGCAAUGAAACAUUAUUUCCUCCCAAUUGCGAGAAUACAAUGAGAGAACUGAAGUUUAAUACAAGUGGGAAAUGUUUGCCACCCCUGAUACACACUGAUAAACCUCUGCAUUUCUAUGAAGGCAUAUCAGGAUGCGGGCUGCCCUGUCGAGACCCUCUGUAUACUGAAGAUGAACACCAACAGAUACACAGACUAGUGGCCUGGGGCGCCGGAGUAUGUCUAGCAUUGAACCUACUCACCGUCGCCACCUUCCUGAUAGACUGGCGGAGUGCCAACAAGUACCCAGCGCUAGUCAUCUUCUAUAUCAACGUGUGCUUCGCUGUCGCAUCUAUGGGAUGGCUGAUCCAGUUUGGCGUGGGAUCCAGAGAUGAUAUAGUCUGCUCUAAGGAUGGCACUAGACGACAAGGCGAACCAUCUGCUGAAGAAAAUUUAUCGUGCGUCGUUGUAUUUGUGUUGGUGUAUUACUUCAUGAUGGCAGCCUGCGUGUGGUUUGUCAUUUUCACAUACGCGUGGCACAUGAGCUUCCGAGCAUUAGGAAAAAUUCAAGAUCGUAUAGACAAGAAAGCGGCAUACUUCCAUCUGGUUGCGUGGUCGCUGCCUCUGAUCCUCACCAUAGCGACGAUGGCAUUUGGCGAAGUGGACGGUAGCAGUGUCACCGGCAUUUGUUUUGUGGGCUACGUGAACCAUCCCAUGAGAGCUGCCCUGCUACUUGCACCACUAUCUGUUGUACUCGCUUUAGGCGGCUAUUUUCUUCUUAGAGGUGUAUUUUCCCUGAUCGCGGUGCGUGUGUCCAGCAAGGAUGUGAUAUCGCCGCGGGCUGCGAAUAAGAUCCGUCAGACAAUAACUCGGUGUUCUCUCACCGCGGCGUUGGUGGCGGUCUUCAUAUGCGUCACCUUUCGCCUAUGCCGCCUAGAAGCUCUGAAGGCGACAGACAAGGAGUGUUCGUCAGGCACUCGUCCAUCAGUGUCGGUGUUGCAACUCCGCCUGCUUUGUUGCUUCGCGGCGGGCGCACUCAUGGCAUCCUGGACCUGGACCCCGGCUGCCGCGGCUGGCUGGAGACGCUAUUUAGCAAGGAAAUGCGGCUGUUCAGUGGAAGCUGAGGUGACGCGUCGUGCGCGUAAACAUGAGUUGAUAGCGCGCGCAUACCGUCGCCGCGGGGAGUUCGCUGCGAGAGGCAGACUGUCCAUAUCACUCGGCGGCUCUAGGCAAGACCCAGUAGGACUUUGUAUCGAUCCUACCUCACCCGCUGAUUAUCCAGAUGAUGCCAAACACGAGAGUGGAGAACUUUCGUCGUCGUGGGCAGCGACCUUGCCUCGUUUCGUUCGACGUCGCGACGCACUGGUAUUGCCGACACACACAUCACUCGCUCAGUUCUACGCCGGACCGUCCCAGCUGUCUGUCAAGAUAGCUGAAAUGAAGACAAAGGUGGGGCGGCGCCGGCCUAAGCAUAGCAAAGCUAAGCGCAAGGCUCGCGCCGCUAACACUCGCAAGGAGAGCACGCCCUCCAUCGAGAGCCAAAUAAGUCGCUACUGGUUGCAAGCAGUAGCUGCCAACAAUGAUCCGUCCCGAGAGGAGGUCAAAUUCAGCUUCGACUGA